GCGGCGGCGGCGGCGGCGGAAGAGGGCGGAGGAUUGCCUUCCGCUCUCACCAGCUCCGCGUCGGAAUAGCCGGUCCUUCCCCGGGGAGCCAGUUCCUCCCCGGCCCCCUGAGCCAUGCCCAUCGCGGCCGCCCCGGACGAGCCAGUUAUAAAUUAAUUAUUUGAAAGCAAGUGAACAAUGGAGCCAGACGUCAUUCAAAUGUACUCUUCAUCCCCACCACCACUGGACAAUGGAGCCGAGGAUGAGGAUGAGGAUGAAUUUGGGGAAUUUGGAGGGUUUUCAGAAGUUAGCCCUUCCAGUGUAGGCUUUGUUGAAUUUGAAACACCAGAUUGUACUCAUCCCAAGGAAGAGUUUGUACCUUCAAACCAUUUUAUGCCAAUUCAUGAUUUCUCAGAAAAUGUAGAUAGCCUUACAAGCUUUAAGUCCGUUAAAAAUGGUAAUGAUAAGGAUAUCACUACUGAACUUUCUUCUCCUGUGAAAGGACAGUCUAAUGUUUUGCUCUCUACCACCAGCAAAGAAGUAAUUCCAUCUGAAACUUUAGAUACUUCCAUUGAUGGCAUAGAAUGUCCAGGAGAUUUAAAUAAAAUAAUGGAGCAGAGACAGAAUGUUGAAACACCUGAAACUUUCUCUCCAAGAGAUUUUAGAACUGAUAUGAAUGUUGUUCAUCAAAACAAGCAUUUAGAGAGCUGCAAUGGUGAAAAGCCUCCUUGUCUGGAGAUUCUAACAAAUGGGUUUGCAGUAUUGGAAACUGUAAAUCCUCAGGGAACAGAUGAUCUGGACACUGUAGUGGAUUCAAAAGGAAGAAAGCCUCUUAGCACUCAUGGUACUGAGUAUAAUUUAGACUGUGCACAUAGUCCUGCUGAGGAAUUUGCAGAUUUUGCCACAUUUCCCGAAAAGGAAAGGAUACAACUAGAAGAAAUAGGAUGUGCAAUUUUAAAUGAUAGAGAAGCACUAACCAUUCAGGAAAACAAUAAAAUUAAUAGAGCUAAUGAACUGAAUUCUGUAAAAGAAGUGUCUUUGGGUAGAAGCUUUGAUGAUAAAGGACACAUUGAAGGAGAGGAUCAGAUUUGCCUUUCAGAAACAAGCAUGAAGAGUAACAGAGGUCUCAGUACUAAAAUACAAGGCCUUCCAACAUUACAACAGGAUGAAUUUUUAAAUUCAAGUGUACAAUCAAAGGCUUGGACUUUGGUAGACUCAGCUGAUAAUUUGGAAACCAAUAGGAGAGAACAAUGUAAAACUGAGGAAAAACUUGAUUUAUUUACUUCCAAAUGUACUGGCCUAUGCAUGGAUUCUGUUAAAACUUUUGAUGCUGAUGAUGAAGUUAGUUCUUCCAAAGAAAGUAGAAAGUUUACUGAUUACCAAAGCCCCAGCAUUGAUCCUACAGAAGAAAAUGUUUUGGGCGAUCCUAUAAGUGUAAAAAAUGGUGAUAGUAGUAACAACUUUGUGACUUGCAACGAUACUAAUGAAGAUGAUUUUGGUGACUUUGGCACAGCCAGUGGCACAACUCCACCUUUUGUUACUGGUACUCAAGAUUCCAUGAGUGAUGUCACUUUUGAAGAGUCUUCAGAGCACUUUCCACAUAUUAGUGAGCCAGGUGAUGACUUUGGAGAAUUUGGGGAUACAAAUGCUGUUUCUUGCCAAGAGGAAAUUAUAUUUACCGAGUUAGACCGAAAACAAAAUUCUGAUAGUUUUUCAGAGGAAUGUAAGUUGGAAAGAAAGUCUACAGGAACUGAAUCAGUUUCAAAACUAAAAAUUGGGCAAGAAGGUGAGUUUGGAGAUUUUGAUUCUGUGCCACAUAUUCAAGAUGACUGCAGUGCUUUUCAAGACUCUGAUGAUUUUGCGGACUUCAGUUCAGCUGGUCCUAGCCAAGUUGUAGAUUGGAAUGCUUUUGAGGAUGGACAGAAAGAUAGUUGCUCUUGGGCUGCUUUUGGAGAUGAGCAAGCUGCUGAAUCUCAUCAUCGGAAGGAAGCCUGGCAGUCACAUAGGACAGAUGAAAAGACUGCUACCCCAGAAACCCUCAAAACGCACAGUGUCCCUUUAGCAACUUCCAAAGGAGCAGUUGCUGGUGGCUAUGUACAGGAAACAGCCACUUCAGUUCAGACAGCUUUACUAAACCGCCUGGAGCGAAUUUUCGAAGCAUGUUUUCCUUCCAUGUUUGUCCCUGAUGCUGAAGAGGAAGUUACUUCCCUGAAGCACUUGCUGGAAACAAGCACCUUGCCAGUAAAAACAAGAGAGGCCUUAACUGAAAGUGGGGAACUGCUGGAUGUAUGGACUGAGCUACAGGAUAUCCACGAUGCACAUGGCUUGAGAUAUCAGUGGGGCGGCUCCCAUAGCAACAAGAAGCUUUUGUGCUCCUUGGGAAUAGACACCCGAAACAUUCUCUUCACGGGCAAUAAGAAACAACCUGUUAUAGUGCCCAUGUAUGCAGCAGGAUUGGGUAUGUUAGAGCCCACCAAGGAACCUUUGAAACCACUAUCUGCUGCAGAAAAAAUUGCUUCCAUCGGUCAGACAACCUCCAUGUCACCAGAAAUGAAUACAUGUACAUCUGACCAAUUCCAGGAGUCUCUACCACCCGUCCAGUUUGACUGGAGUAGCAGUGGCCUUACUAACCCUUUAGAUGCUAGUGGAGGUUCCACUCUUCUGAACCUUGAUUUCUUUGGGCCCGUGGAUGACAGUAGCUCUAGCAGCAGCACCACAAUCCCAGGUGUGGAUCCAGAGUUGUAUGAGUUAACAACGUCUAAGCUGGAAAUCUCCACCUCAAGCCUCAAAGUGACUGAUGCAUUUGCAAGACUCAUGUCCACAGUUGAGAAGACAAGCACAUCUACCAGGAAACCGAAAAGAGAAGAGCACCUCAGUGAAGAAGCCAUCAAGGUGAUCGCUAGCCUUCCUGACUUAACGUUCAUGCAUGCCAAGGUGUUGAUGUUCCCAGCCACGUUAACACCUUCCACGAGCUCCCAGGAGAAAGCAGACUGAUAGCUGAGAGGAAGUGGACAGUUUCAAUGGCUUUUCCUUCUCUCCAUCCCUCCCCUACCAUCAAAAGCAUACCUGCUGUAAUUAAAAAAAAUUCAAGUUCA